AUGUGUGUGUGUGUGUGUGUGUGUGUGAAAUGGCAGCGCUUGCGGAUGUGUGUGUGUGUGUGUGACACUGGAAUCAGAGGCAGCGGGCAGAGAGGUCUCCCGUGCCAUUGCCCGCUCCACCCUUUGUCGCCCCUCCAAGGUCCAUUUUUCUCAAUCGUCUGUGACGAUCGAAAGGCCGCCACGAUGGGUAAAAAGUCAGGACCCACCAUUGGCAGUGCUGCCACUCCCAUGAUCUCAGCGGCUGGCAAAGAUCAUGUCAUUUUCAGCAAGAAGCUGCUUCUCUCCAUCGCUGUUGUGCUGGGCAUGACCAUGUUUCUGUUCUUCACCAUUGAACAGUCACGGAUCGCCGGCAAUCUGGCCAAGUCCCGCGCUGCCAUGGCCCAGGCCAACAGCAUCAAGGAUGCCAACUCAAUGCUCGAAAAGUCAAAGAGCGAACUCGAGGACGAAGAAACCGAACUGGUCAACCUGUAUUCGCAGUGGCUGGACGAGGAUUCAUCUGAACUGGAAAUUUCCCAGGAACAGCUGGCCGAACUUAAGCAGCAACUCAAGGACGUGACCGAGCAGAUUAGUGCGCAUAGCUCCCAGCUGUCCAACAAGGACACGACCCUGGCCGACAAGGAGCAGCGUUUGGCCCAGUUCCAGUUUAAGAUUCAGCAGAAGCAAAAGUACAUUGACGAGCUGGCCGUGCUGAUUGAGCAGGCCACUGGCAAGGCCCCGAAGGGCACCGGCAUUGAUGAGUCGGUCACGGAUGAUCUCAUCUGGGACGAUGAAUAUGGAAACUACGAUGACUUUUAUGAUGAGUACUUCACUGGCGAUGAUGAUAUCGAAUGGUAAACGUGGCUGCGCCGCGCCAUCCAUCGACCUGCUCGCCCGUGACUUUGCGCGCUCCGACUCUGGCUUCCACUCGCGCCGAGGUCACCUGUGACGCAUCAUGGUGUCUGCAUCUAUUCUCGUUAUGUGUGUUUUUUUUUUUUCAUCUCCCCCCUCCGCUCUUCUUCUCAAUUUCCCUUUUUCUCUUAACCUCUGAAUGUAUUUUCGCUUCAUUUUUUCUGGCUUGCUUUGUCUGCGGGGGGGACAUAUUCAAGUCGGGCGCUGUCUGGAUGAUGAGCGUUUGGUGGUAUUGGUGUCGUCCUUUGUUUUGCAUGCUUGCACGUAUGUGCCAUCGGCGCGCAGCGUGCUGUGCAUCCUUUGUGAGAAGCGAUGGGUCUUGGUUGGCCAUCAUGGGGUCCUUGAAGGCUUGCCCCACAAUGUGCUUUGUUUGGCUGUGAUAUCCGACGGCCUUUUGUACCGACCUCCCUCUCUACAAACUCAAAAGAAAGAAAACCAAGUCUUGUUCUUCUCCAGUUCGUUUCAAUCCAUUAUCAGGCUUUUCAA